CGUCAGUGCUGUCGCGGUUUGAUGACGCGAAUGCACGGUGUUUACCAUGGCGGCUAUUUGCUAAGUGAAAAGGAAAAUGCGGGUUUUAUAGCUGCAAAAGUAGUCACGGUUUCACUAAAUUAAAAGCCAGAAGAUAUUUCUUGCAGAAUGACCAACAGGACGUCUUAUUUUUAUGACCCAGACGUGGGCAACUUUCAUUACGGUGCUGGCCAUCCUAUGAAGCCUCACCGUUUGUCUCUGACACACAGUCUGGUUUUGCACUAUGGACUCUAUAAGAAAAUGAUGGUGUUCAAGCCAUACAAAGCAUCUCAGCAUGAUAUGUGUAGGUUCCACUCUGAAGACUACAUAGACUUCCUGCAGAAGGUCAGCCCCAACAACAUGCAGGGCUUCACAAAGAGUCUCAACACAUUUAAUGUGGGAGACGAUUGUCCUGUGUUUCCAGGUCUUUUUGAGUUCUGUUCAAGAUACACAGGAGCCUCUUUACAGGGAGCCACACAGCUCAACCACAAGAUCUGUGACAUUGCCAUCAACUGGGCAGGAGGUCUGCAUCACGCCAAAAAAUUUGAGGCGUCUGGGUUUUGCUACGUCAAUGACAUCGUCAUUAGUAUACUGGAGCUACUCAAAUACCACCCUAGGGUUCUGUACAUUGACAUAGAUAUUCACCAUGGUGACGGCGUCCAGGAAGCCUUUUACCUGACUGACCGCGUCAUGACUGUGUCCUUCCACAAAUACGGGAACUACUUUUUUCCAGGAACAGGUGACAUGUACGAGGUGGGUGCAGAGAGCGGCCGGUACUACUGCCUCAAUGUUCCUCUCAGAGACGGCAUUGAUGACCAGAGCUACAGGCAGCUGUUCCAGCCAGUUAUUAAACAGGUGGUGGAUUUCUACCAGCCCACCUGCAUCGUUCUACAGUGUGGAGCAGAUUCUCUGGGCUGUGACAGACUGGGCUGCUUCAACCUCAGUAUACGAGGGCAUGGUGAGUGUGUGGAGUUUGUAAAGAGCUUUAAGAUUCCUCUGUUGGUCCUGGGAGGAGGAGGAUACACAGUGAGGAACGUGGCUCGCUGCUGGACCUAUGAGACAUCUCUGUUAGUGGAUGAAUCCAUCAGCGAUGAGCUGCCUUACAGCGAGUAUUUUGAGUACUUUGCUCCAGACUUCACGCUGCAUCCUGACGUCAGCACCAGGAUAGAAAACCAGAACUCCAGACAGUACUUGGAGCAGAUCCGUCAGACAGUGUUUGAGAACUUGAAGAUGUUGAACCAUGCGCCCAGUGUCCAGAUCCACGACGUCCCCUCUGACAUGCUGAGCUAUGAACGCAACGACGAGCCCGAUCCUGACGAGAGGGGGGCUGAGGAAAACUACACCAGACCAGAGGCAGCCAAUGAGUUCUAUGACGGUGACCAUGACAACGACAAAGAGAGUGAUGUAGAAAUUUAACCGAUGAGAAUGAGAGAAGUGGAGCUUUUCCUCACAGCCCUCUGUUUGCAUCAGCUGCAAACAUCACAUCACUGCAGAUUAUAAAAACCCUUUCAGGAAGGACAGAAAAGACUCAAGCUCUGUUUACUCUCACUAGUUUCUGUUUCUAAAGGUCCUCAAUCUGCCUUUUCAGUUGCUCCCUCACCAUAACUCAGUGAUGUCAGCACCAGAGUCUUGUCUGUAAUGUCACUGAGUCUGUCACAGAGCGGUAUUCUCAUUUCUAUUCAACACGUCAAAUAUUGUAAAUGACAGAAAACAGCCCAAAUUAGGUAUAUUUACAGAAUGCUGGAUACUGAAACACACAUGUACAGUAUAUCAGCUGUUAUGUCUUUUCCUGUAAAAAGAGGACUGGAUAAGAUGCUCCUUCAUGAUCUCAAAACUAACUUUUUGUUUCAUUUAUGAACAGUCAAAUAUGUGGAUAUUGAUAAUAGCAUUUUUUUUCCCCUUUUCUAAUCUUGUUCAUCGUUAUUUUAGCACUGAGAUGUAUUCAGCUUUGGAAAGAGGAAAAUGUAUCCAUCAACUGAAUCUUAAAUGUCCCAGAGAAUAAUUCUGAACAUCCCAGUCAGUGUUCUGUCCACUCCUGGGAUGUAAGAGCAGUGACAGUGUGGGAUGUCCACAUGAAGCUCCACAGAAACAAACAGCCGCAGUUAUCAGCAGGUGUCAGGGAGAAGUCGUGAGGAGUUCUUGAUUUAUUCCGUCUUAUGAGACACGUGCUAAUAUGAGAAGCUGUUAAAAGUGCGCGCCAGGAUACAUUAGUCACACAUCAGCCGGUGCAGAUGUUUAAAACCAUGCUCACAGUUUUUAGACUGAUGCUCAGAUGGUUCCAAUCGUCAUUUCAUGUCAACACUUUUCUUACUUUACAGACACUGUAUAACUGACAUAAUGUGCAGUUUUUUCCAUUUCCAGAAUUUUUUAAUCAUAGCAUUAUUCAUAUGCCUACAGCUCUGAAAUGUCAAACACUGUUGUAGAGCGAGGCAGUUUCAUGUAAACAUCCGCUUUUUUGACACAGAUUUGGAUUUCUACACGUGAACAUGUGUGAAUGAGGACACCGGUUUGAAUCUGAUCUGAACAAACUUCUCUCUUCUUUCAUUCCUCUCUCUCUUUUCCUCUGCUCUCUCUGCUCAUUACUGUAUAUACGUAUAAAUGUAUGAACUGUGAGUGUUCAUAAUGUGAAAGAGGACAACUGGUGAUGAGGCUGGUAGUUUGGUAGUUGAACAUACAGAAGCAGGUAGUUGAUUCCAUAAUGAGAUGUCAGAGUGCAGGUCCUUCACUGUGCAGCUUCAUUACAAAUGGACAUUAGUGGCAAUAGAAACACUUUCUGCCAUCUACCAUCACCUCUGGUCCUCUUUUAGCCAAAAAUAGGUUUUAUGUCAUUUUUUGAUAUUGUUGUCAGCGACUUAUGUUUUUAAUAAAAAGAACAAUUUGAACUAA